CCAGUACAAUGGCUUCUAAGUUUACUCCUUCUCGAGCUCCUUCUUUCUCUUGCUCUGUACCAGUAGACCCUCCAAAUCAACUGACAAUUAAUGACCUUCCUGAAGUAUUUCAAUUACUCAGAAAUUACCAUUAUCCAGGAGAAAGUUACUAUAAUCUCGGCCUGUUUCUUGGCCUAUCACAAGUUACACUGUAUGAUAUUACAAUCAGUUAUAGAGGAGAUAUUGAGGGUGGUCUACGUGAGUGUCUUACUAAAUGGUUACAGAAAGCUGACGAUGUACAGAAGACUAAUGGUGGUCCCACUAUCUAUUCAUUGGUAUCAGCAUUGAGGAGAAUAGGAGAGAAUGGAGUAGCUGAUGGAAUAGAUAUGGAAAAGCAUCCUGCUUGUAGAAUUCUUGCUCGUUACUCCUCAAACCAAUCUCUACUGUCUGCAUUACCUCUGUUGUAUAUUUCUUUGUAUCAGGCAGAACUUGUACAAGAGAUAACCUUCACACAUUAUAGACGAGGAGAAAGGCUACUGGAUGAAAUUAAGGAAGCUGUUUGUAAAGAUUAUAGAAAACUUGUAGCAUUUGCUGUAAUUGUAUGUAAAGACACAACCACUGCUGAGAUAGGAAGAGCUAUUAUUAUAGACUACAGAAGUGUUUAUAAGAGUGAUGAUGAGAAUGGACUGAAGAUUUAUCUUCCUGUAAAUGUCACUUUAGAGUUUGAGAUGAUGCGAUUGAAGUUUGGGCAGAUAUUCAUUACUGUGAGAACAAUCAUGAUGAACAACCCUCAGUCUCCAACACUUGAUGAUAUCAAACGUUGUAAGGAUAUCAUAGACAUUCUACAAUUAGUUCGUGAGAACAGUUCACUUGAUAAUAUUAGUGUGUUGGAGUAUCUUGUUAAUGAGUUCAGUAUAGAGGAGGCUAAUCUAGUUAUUAAGGAAUAUAAAGGAGCUGUUGAAGAGUUAAAAAUGAAGCUUAUACAAUUUUUGGAAGGACAGCUUUUAAAAGUUUCAUCACUAAUUAAGUAUAUUACCAUCUUUGUUGAUGAAGUUGCUGGCUAUUCAGUACUUAAUGAUGUUAAGAGUCUGUCAUCAGCUGUAUUAUCACAUCAUGUCACAGUAAAUGCCAUUAUAAGUGAUAGUAGUGGUGAUAGUUUAUGGAAAGAUUGGGAACAAGAAUCAUUCACUGAUGAUUUUGAUGAUCCUAUUGUACUAAGUAAAGAUGCUACAUUUGCAACUGAAGUGCCUGCAGGAGCAACAGAAUCAGUGAGUCAUUUUUACCAGGAGGAGGAAGACACAAAGGAUGAGGAUCAAGUUAUGUUGCUACAGAAGAAAGUUGAACGUAUUGAAAAGGAACUGGAGGAAGAAAAGGAAUUAUAUAUAAAAGAGGAACAAUUUCAUGAACAAGUUAUAAAGGAAUAUGAAGAAGAACUACUUCAACAGAAAAGGAAACUCAUUCAAAGUGAAAAGAAAAUAGCAGCACUUACUGAACUACAUGAGGAAGUUAUUGGUCUCUUGAAACUGAAGGGAGAGCAAUAUGAAGAAUUAAAAUCAGACAAUGAACUUACUCAUAAACAACUGGAGGAAUUUCAAAAGAAACUGAAAGAAGAGAUACAAAGAUCCUCCAGUUUCGUGAGACAGAAAGAAGUUGCUCUAAAAGAGAAAGAUGAAUUACAAAUAAAGAUUGAUGAUCUUCAACAAGAAUUAGAACUACAGCAAGUCAAAAACCCUAAGGAAGUAUCAGAAUUACAGAGUAUUAUAAAAAAGAUUAUAAAUGACAGUGAAACAUUUCAAAAACAAAGGAAAGCAUUGAUACUGGAGAAUGAAAGAUUGAUGUCAUUACUUAAAGAUCAUAAUGUACCAGUACAACAGAAAGAAGAGACUGAGAUAUUACAAGAGACUGAGACUGUACAUUCAUGUACUUAUAUCAGUAAAGGUGACAUAUCCCAAUUAUCAGUGAUACUGGAACCAGUUAAAGAUGACUGGUAUCACAUUGGACAGUGUCUUGAAGUGAAGGAAUCAGUGUUAACUGAAAUCAAAGAGAUGACACCAGUUGAUUCAAGAUUAACUCAUGUACUUGAGACCUGGUGUCAUGAGAAGGAUAGAACAAUAACUGAACUGAAAGAAUCAUUGAAAAGAAUGGAUAGAGAUGAUAUACUGAAAGGUUUACAUGAAUUACCUACUGGACAUUAUACAAUGAAUAAUGAUGAAGAGUAUGAUAUUAAUGUAAAAGAUUCAAAAGAAUUUGAGAAUCAUAUUGAAGCUGAAAACAAAGAAAUAAAAACAACACAAACAACUCUUGACAAAGAAAUUCAGUUCAACUAUCUUGUACCAUCACAAGAUAAUUUGGAAGGUCUGAGUGAGUCCCAAAUAGCAGGGAAGAAGUUGUUCUUAGUUCAAGGAGACAAACCUCAACUGAUGAACUGGGAGGAGUAUGGACUGAGGAUUAGUGUACCAGAGGAUAGUCUAUCAGCAUCAGAGACUGUAGAAGUAUCAGUACUAGCUCUUGUAGGAGGACACUUCAAGUACAUAUACUAUUAUAUUAAAAAGGAAUAUUCUCAUACAGAGUUUGAUCAAAACAUCACUUUUAAACUUCAGUCACCAAAAAGAUGUAUUGAAUUAAUAUUUAAUGAUGAGCAACAAACAGAACCAACAACUGGAUGGAGAAUAAAACCACAUUUGAUGCCUUGUCAAAUUAAAGAGCAUGAAAUACUUGGUUUUGGUGACAUUAGUACUACAAUUCCUCCAUCUUGCCUGGUAUCAAUAUAUGCUGAGAAUAGUCCCCAUACUGUACCUAACUUGAGUUAUUCUGUACCAUUGAAAGGUGUACAGGAGCAAACGAAGAUUAUUAUUAACAGAUCACUGAGAAAUAUUUCAUCAUCAGAUCCUGUUAAUAUCAAGAGAUCACCUCCUUUAGCUCCUCCUCCUCCUACUCCAAGCGGUAAAUUUAGAUCUGAUAUUGCUCAUAGUGUAAUGACAGAAUGUACUUCAUCAAUAAAGGACUGUGGGAUUGAUAUCAACUUUUUAGUUGACAAGUUGCUGGAACACAAAAUUGUAAAUUCAAGAGAGAAAAGGAAAAUAACUGCUAGAGAAACUGACGAUGAAAAAAUGGAUGAAUUGCUUCACAUCAUUUUGAGUUCUAUUCGUAUGAAUGGAAAAGUGUUUGGUAUAUUCAUAGAUAUACUGAGAGAGGAAGACACUUUGAGAACUAUUGCACUAGCUGAUACACUAAUGGACAAAUACAAGGAAUAAAAUGAAAUAAAAAGCCUUUUUAUUCUAUUUUUUUGAUUAAUAUUUUUGUUGAAGAUUAAGUUGAAGAUUAAUAUUUUUGUUGAAGAUUAAUACUUGUUGAAGAUUAAUAUUUUUGUUG